AUGUUCUUAUUAAUGAUAUCCACUGGUGGUCAAAAGCUAAGUAAACUUCCAAAACAAAUUGGGGCUUUUGUUAGCUGGACACUAAGGUUGCAAAGAGCACUCGAACUGUUGGAAUCUCUGUCUUCGGGAACCAAUUCUGAUUCUUCUGUCACUGUCGCCUAUUCUAUCCCUGUUAACCAAGAAGAUGGUGUUCUCAAGGGUCAUGGGACGACAGAGGUUGAGGGUGAGGUCGUAGCAACCGUGUGUGGAGUAAUCGAAUGUGUAAAUAAAUUGGUCUAUGUUCGCACUUUGAGAGCCAGGUAUAAGCCUGAGGUUGGUGAUAUCAUAGUAGGUCGUGUUAUUGAGGUUGCUCCAAAGCGGUGGAGAUUGGAGAUUAAUUUUAGCCAAGAUGCGGUAUUGAUGCUCUCUUUAAUGAAUUUACCUGAUGGAAUCCAGAGGCGACGGACUGCAGUUGAUGAGCUCAACAUGCGUACCAUUUUUGAAGAGAAUGACGUCAUCUGUGCUGAAGUCCGUGAUUUCAUGCGCGAUGGUUGUAACGCCCAUGUUUCUGGGCUAGACAUUAAUGAUGAUGUAAUAGUCUAG